CGUCUGCUUUGUGUUGUCAGGCAGAAAGAAAGACACACCAGCUAGGGUGGCGUGUGUCCUUAAACACAGGCAACCCCCCGACAGCGACCAGGAUAACACAAUAACUAGCCGUUUUGUUUUCUGUUGUAAAGUAAGUUAGGUAUCGUUUAUCUUUUUGCCACAAUGUCGGUGGGAGUGGAGUCUGGAUUCUCGAGUGAGGAGGUCUUAAACAGCCGCUUCCCUCUCCAUCGGGCGUGCAGGGAUGGAGAUGUCGGUGCCUUGUGCUCCCUCCUUCAGUGCACCUCAAACCCGGCUGACCUCGCCGUGGAGGACACCUUCUACGGCUGGACGCCCAUACACUGGGGCGCUCAUUUUGGAAAGUUGGAGUGUGUGAUGCGUCUGGUUCAGGUGGGCUGUGGUGUGAAUGCGGUGACCUCCAGGUUUGCACAGACGCCCACUCACAUUGCUGCAUUUGGGGGCCACCCUGAGUGUUUGUUAUGGCUACUUCAAGCUGGUGCAGAUAUUAACAGACAGGACUAUGUGGGCGAGACGCCCAUCCACAAGGCUGCUCGUGCGGGCAGUCUGGAGUGUAUCAACGCUCUCUUGAUUCGGGGAGCGAAAGCUGAUAUGAGGAAUGCCAGUGGGCUGACUGCUGCUGACCUGGCCCACGCCCAGGGAUUCCAGGAGUGUGCUGAGAUUCUCUCCAAUGCCCAGAACUUCCAGCAAAACAUGGCUCAGUCCCAUAAUGGGGCUUUUCUGAAUGGCAUGACCCAGAAUGGGGCCCCCGCUCACCCCACUAUCCAGGGUCGCAGCUUCUCGAACGGCGUGCCCAACAGAAAGAGGUCGUUUGAUGGCAUGGAAGCAAAUCCAGUGAAAAAGGCUAGACCUAACGGUCUGGGCAUGCCACCAGAAUUGCUGAAUGGGAAUGGGCCACUGGGUGGUGCUGGCGAGGCCCAGAUGGAAAGCAUGAACAUGGAGUUGGCAGCGACCGUAACCUCAGUGGCAGGUGAAAGACACUGUGAGAAUUUUUUCUCAAGUGUUCACGAUCAACCACAGCUUCCAUUUGGGUGUGACCCAGCGGCAGGAAUCCUCCAUGGCCAGCUCGUCUACAGUGACUCACCUGAGAGCAACAGCACUGCAGGCAGCCAAGUGGAGCACCAGAAGUCUGUGAAAGCAGAGCAGUUGUAUGACCAUGCCUUCUUCAGCACCAUGCUUCUUUAUCAUGGAUCCUAAAGUACUAAAGUUCUAGUUGACAAACCGUCCUUUUUUGUCUGAAUCUCUUAUAAGCCUAACAUGCAUUAAUUUGCCUUAAAGCCAUUGAGUGGUUAUUCAUUGAAAUUAUAAUUUCUUGUUGGAAAGGGCGAGCCCAUUGAUGUGUAUGGGUUGACAUUUGUAACUGUUAAAGUUGAUAAAGAAGUGGAUUUUUGUUUGAUGUUAAAGAGAAAAGUGUUUGUUAUUGUUCAAGUUUGAUUAAGCUGUAAAUAGCUGUUACGAUAUACACUAAAGUUUGCAUCUGUAUUGCAACACUGCCAAUACUUAAAUUUUGUUUCUGUCUCAACUAGAGGUGGGGCGAUCCCUCCCUGUUCAUAAAAAACAAUGCAAGUACAUCUGAUGUUACUCAAUAAUUAAAAAGUUUUGCAAAAGUUUAAA